AUGUCAGACCCCAAAAAUACCUCCUCCAUCGCCAUCCUCGGCGCCGGCGAUGUAGGCGCUACAAUCGCAUACAGCCUCAUCAUGAACCCCGUCGCCGGUGACAUCCUGCUUGUCGAUCCCAAAGAAGAAGUCAGGGACGCGCAAGUCGCCGACCUUUCUGAUGCGACCUUCUACGGCAACACAAGCACACGCAUAAGAGCAGGUACACAUAAAGAGGCGGGUCAGUGCGAUAUCGUUGUUAUCGCCGCAGGUGCGAAACAGAAGAAGGGCGAGAGUAGGACGGAUCUUAUCGGUCGCAACAAGUCCAUUCUUGAAUCCGCAAUCUCGGAUAUGAAACCGUUCCGCGAGGAUACGGUCCUUCUGCUAGUCGCAAACCCCGUCGACGUACUCACCUACUUCGCCCAACAAUACUCCGGUCUCCCGAAAUCCCAGGUCAUCGGCAGUGGCACCUUCCUCGACUCAGCGCGCCUCCGCGGGAUCCUCGCCUCCAAGGCUGAAGUUGCGGCCUCCAGCAUCGAAGCGUACGUCCUGGGUGAACACGGCGAAUCACAAUUCGUCGCCUGGAGUCUGGCUUCCAUCGGCGGCGUUCCGCUUUCCUCCGCUUUAUCGUCGAAGCAAUCAGGCCAGCUAGAUAAGAACGCCAUCGCAGAGGAGACGAAGAAUAAAGCCACGUCUAUCAUCGAGAACAAGGGCGCUACGAACUACGGCAUCGGCGGCGUUGCAGCAUCGAUAUGUAAAUCCAUCAUCUUCGAUGAGAAGAUUGUGCGGCCAGUCAGUACGUAUCAAGAAGAUCUCGGUGUGUGCUUGAGUAUGCCGGUUGUGCUGGGUAGAAAGGGCGUGGUGAGGGCGGUGCAGAUGCCGUUGGAUAAGGAGGAGAGGGCGAAGUUGGAGGGGAGUGCCAAGGCUUUAAGAGAGGUCAUUGAUGCGUGA